AUGGUUCAGGUCAAGAAAUCGGGCGACGUAGCCCCAAGCGAUCCCCAUGCCUCCAAGCCACGAGUUCAAGAGGGGAAACCCGUGCUAUCGGUGCUGGGUGCAGCAUAUUCUCUGACCAAUUCGUGGUGGGGAGUGUCUGCCUCUCUGGUAACUGGCAUCAACUCCGGAGGGUCAGCCUUACUCGUCUAUGGGGGCAUUUUGCUGGCCCUGGUCUCCACAGCCGUGGCGGCAACUCUUUCGGAACUGGUCAGUGCCAUGCCAAAUGCUGCUGGACAGUCGUUCUGGGCCAGGGAGCUGAUCCCUCGCAAAUACGCUCGACUUGCCUCCUCCAUCACCGGCUGGCUGGCCUGGUCGGGGUCAAUCUUUGCGUUAGUUGUGCUCUGGGUUUAUGUUUUCCCGUCUGUGAUUGAGCAAUAUGCUGACGAGCAGCCUGUAUUUAAAAGCUCUGCCAGUGUUGCAUCGGGUGUUGCAUCGGCCUGUGUAGGGUCUUAA